CCCAGUAACAACAAUGGCGGGCAGUCCCUCACAGUUCUCCGACAUAGCCAUGAACGACGACGACGACGACUCCCAAUCCCAUCUUCCAGGGUUCCGCUUCCACCCCACCGAUGAAGAGCUCGUGAGCUUCUACCUCCGCCGCAAGGUCCACAACAACCCCCUUCCUCUCGAACUCAUCAAACAAAUCGACAUCUAUAAACACAGCCCCUGGGAUCUUCCUCGUAAUGCAUUGGGGGAGAAAGAAUGGUACUUUUUCUGCAAACGUGGGAGGAAGUAUAAGAAUAGUGCGAGGCCAAACAGAGUAACGGGAUCUGGGUUUUGGAAAGCCACUGGAAUUGAUAAGCCAAUUUAUCAUGAUCGCUCUGUUCUUGUUGGGUUGAAGAAGACGCUUGUUUAUUACCGUGGAAGCGCCGGUAAAGCCACUAAAACGCAGUGGAUGAUGAAUGAAUUUCGUCUCCCUUCUUCUUCUUCUUCUUCCUCUGCCAGCCUCGAUGAAGCUGAAAUUUGGACUUUGUGUCGUAUAUUCAAACGGAAUAUCUCGACCAGAAAACCCAAUGCACCGAACUGGAGGGAGGUUCCGGCGGCCAAAAACAGAGCUCUGGAGAAUAUGAACUUCAGAGCAACGAGCAAUAGAUAUUCCGAUGAACAGAGUAGCUACAUAAGUUUUUCCUCUGACUAUUCGUUUAUCAGUUUUUCCGAUCAGAGUCAGAUGACGCACGGCGGCCAAUCCAUGAGGAAUUUUUGCAGCCGGAGUGAGCAGCAGCCGUCGGGCAAUCGUAAUUCGUUGGCAAACGUAUCGCCGUCGUCGAGCUUCUCGGAUUUUGAUGAGGAUGCCACUGAUUUAUUUGGAUAUGAGAAAUGGGAAGAGCUGAAAUCAAUUUUGGAAUCUGAUCUUGAUUCAUGAAUAUGAAUUUUAAGUUCAGUUUAGUGUUCAUAAUAUGAAAAUGUAAAGCCA